UUUAAGUUGCUCGUCUCUAAGAAAGCUCCUCUCAAGAUGGGCAACAGUAAAAGUGGUGUACUCUCCAAAGACUUGCUAGAAGAACUGAAAUCCAAUACUAGGUACACAGAAGAGCAACUUUACGCCUGGUACCAGACCUUUAUGAAAGAGUGCCCCAGUGGCCAGAUCAGCACAGAGCAAUUUGAGAGCAUCUACGCCAGCUUCUUUCCUGAUGCCGACCCAAAGGCCUACGCUCAGCAUGUGUUCCGAAGCUUCGACUCAAACAGUGAUGGAACUCUUGAUUUUAAAGAGUACAUUGUGGCACUGCAUCUCACUUCCUCUGGGAAGACCAUCCAGAAGCUGGAGUGGGCCUUUGCAUUGUAUGAUGUGGACAAGAAUGGGACCAUCACAAAAAAUGAGAUCCAUGAAAUUGUCAAGUCAAUAUUUAACAUGAUCUCAAAAGAGGAUCAGAAAAACCUACCAGACGAUGAGAACACACCUGAAAAAAGAACUGAAAAAAUCUGGGCCUUUUUUGGAAAACAAGAAAAUGAUAAAAUAACAGAAGGAGAGUUCAUCCAGGGAGUGAUGGACAAUAAGCACAUUCUCAGAUUGAUCCAGUUUGAUGAGCCUCAGAAGGUCCAGAACAGGCUGAAGGAAAAAAAACAGUAGCAUUUCCCAGUGGUGUCUUGUAUGCCUGGAAACUUUUUUUUUUUCAAUUUUCAUGAGAAUGUUUUUGAUCUUUUGAUUGUUUUCUUUUGAUUCUUUAGUUUUUAUUUCUGUUCAUACCAAUAAUUUAUGCACAAAGUAUACAAAAAUUUUCAGCUAAAUUCAGUGUACAGUUGAAUACAUGAAAUAUCAUGUUUGCUCUCCAAAUUGUUUUCAGACUUCAUAUAACAACAUUUAAAAGAACAAGCACAAUGUUUAAAAAUGCUAGAUGGGUACAUUAAGGGUCGAACCCAAUUUGUAUCAAUUAUGCUAUAAAAGCAUCUUUGCAAGUGGCUCAAUUAUGAGAGACUUAUGGUACUGUACAUCUACAAUAUAAUGUCCACAAUACAAAUAGUCUAUUAUGAGUAAAUACUCUUUACAAGCGAAAUUCACAGUUUCUACCUAUAAUCAUUUCCUCCGUCAGUAUGCUGGGUCUGUUUGCCAUUGGUUUACUGUACAAUUCUGUUUGAAUUCCAUUAGAGGUGCAUGUCCUUUGUUUUGUAACAGGGAAUAAAUAAAAUUGGUUAGUUGUCUUGAUUGACAACUACAAAGAA